AUGAGCAGCACCAAGCAUGUUCGGUUUAAUAGCUGCGGCAACAGCGUCCUGCCAAAACUGCUUCCUUUGAAUGACCAAAUUCGAGAAUUACAGACCAUCAUUAGAGACAACUCCUCGAAGAUGUGUACGCCGAGGAACUUGAAGUUUUCGACCGUCUCCAUCAUGGGCCCGUUGAUGAGGAUGGGGGCGUGCCUAGCCUGGUUCCUCCUGAAGUUCACAAUCAGCUCUUUUGUUUUGCUGACAUUGAGGAAGAGGUUGUUUCCCUGGCACCACGCCAUCAGACUAGUGGUUGAAGAGGGACUCAAUCAGCUGCCAUACAGCGAGUGUACAGUGACCACUCCCACAGGGCAUAAGUAUGAUGGCGUGAAGUUUGAGAAAGGCAACUGCGGUGUCAGCAUUAUGAGAAGCGGCGAGGCCAUGGAGCAGGGACUCCGAGACUGCUGCAGGUCCAUCCAUAUCGGUAAGAUCCUCAUCCAGAGUGACAAGGACACCCAGAAGAUCAAAGUUUACAACGCCAAGUUCCCCCUAGAUAUCAACAGGAGGAAAGUCCUCCUAAUGUAUCCCAUUCCCACUACGUAUGGAUCAUCAUGUCAAGUAUGGAUCACCAACAGACUCAAUACUGUACUAACUCCUCCUCGGGACAAAGAGUUCAGGUCCCUCAGUCUUAUUGAAAGCACUGCAAGUCUAAUGGUUGUGUCCAUCAUUCAAGAGUUCCCAGAAAUCACCAUACUGACCACCGAGGUGUACCCUGUGGCUCCCACACACUUUGGCCAGAGAUACCUUGGGACAGACUAGUCAGCCCUCCAGGGCCAUUCAUUGGGAUACCAUACUAUGAGAACCAACCAUUGAAUUGUCCCUCUCUCUGUCUGAUGUCAAUUUGUCCGCUUAUUUCAAAAGGACUUGUUACCCUGCUCAAGAAUGCUGCUUUGCUGUGUACUCCGCCUUAACCUGUGCUCCUCAGUCUGACACAAACAAUGCAAAGAUUUUCCUGGAAACAAGAAAAGCACAUUCCAUGCAGGUCUUUUAGGAACUAGUCUAGCGAGCUUGCAUGUACUGCUGCCAUUUUAUUUAUUCAGUUAUGGUAGUUAAUUCUAGGUUGUUUUCCCUCAACAGAAAGUCUAAAGUCAAAUACAAAAAAAAGUUUUUUCAA